AUGAAUGUGAAUCUAAUCAGAUAUUCUCAUAGAAUGAAUGAAGUACAUGAUGAUCAAUGGCCCGAAGGUUGGAUGAAUGUGUGUGGGAUAGACAUGAAUAAUCCUCAAUGGUUCCCAGAAGUGUGCAUACUUAGAGAAGGAUACUCACUUGGGAUCCAAGGAAAAAUAGCAUCUGAGAUGCUGUCACAAAAGACUACAUAUGUCGCAUACCUUGUCUUUCGAACGACUCGGGAUACCAGGGGACUUGCUGUGCCUGCAAAAACAAAGGUAAGUUUUGGUGGGAUAGAAAUAGAGUCGGAAAAUGUUUAUCUUCGAAGACCACAGUUUCAGCAAGAAAACUACGUGUUUCCUUGCUUAAGAAAUGAUGGGUGGAUGGAGAUGAAGUUGGGAGAAUUUGAGUGCAAUGAAGGAGAUGAUGGGGAAGUUGAGAUGGCUUUUGAGGAGGUUACGCAACGAAACUGGAAGAGUGGUCUUAUCGUGGAGGGCAUUGAGCUUCGGCCUAAAUAA